AUGACAUCGGAAGACCAUGUCCAGUCGAUCCUGAUAUCCGCUCUCUCUCUAACUAGUAUCAUGAGGCUGUCUCUGAUAGUUCGUUUCCAACAGCCUUGGCAUUUCUACCACCUCGACAUUACUUUAUCGGCUGCGUCUAGUAUUUCCUUCGUUCUACUUUCCGGUCUUCGCUGGGGCGAAAUCUAUGCAGUCUGGUGUCGCACACUGUUGUGGAUGACAUCGGCUUUUCUUACCGGACAAGUGUUUCUUCGGGUCCAUUUCCAACAAUGCGAGAACCCGUUCAUUCCGGCUGUCUUACUUAGAACAUAUGCAUCAUACGCCGUGGUCUCCAGCCUGGCAAAGAUAGCAAGUCCUAUCGUUGGAGUCUUUUGCCCGACCGCAUCUCACCCGGUGUGUCUGUUCGUUCUCGCCGUUGACUACUUGAUGGUGACGAUCUGGUAUCUGUGGCUUCUUGGUCAGGCAACUCAAGCCCGAACUCGCCUUCGAAUUAUUUCUUUCUGCGUGUCAGCCUUGUUUGCGAUCCUACUGGCAGUUGCAGCGCUAGGCACGUUAUGGAAGACUUGGGACAUUGCGCUCGAGCUGCUGACUGUUUUAGAUACAAAUGAUACUGAUCCUUACCUGGACCUUGUCAGCCCAGCUCAUUGA